AUGCUUCGUUCCAAAGCUCUGGACCAAGCUGCGAAUCCUAAAGAUAUCCUCAGGCUUAUGCGCAGACCCUGCACUCGGUCAUCGGCACAAAAUUGCGAGUGUUGUGGCAAUCUAAUCUGCGAGAAGGUUGUCACCCGACAUGGUCUUAAUAGAAACAAGGAGGCCUUGCGAAGAGCUACGAUAUACACCUACACAAUCCGUGGAAGAUCUAUCUCCGCGGUACAAUUGAUGAACGGAAAGACAUGUUUUGAUCUCAAGGAGUUUGGCUUAAUCGACAUAGAUACAUCUGCCGAGGAGGAUUUCCUAUUUUAUUGCUCCAUCCUUCCCACUUUUGGACUGAAGGGGACAUCGACAACGAUCAAAGACCCAUCUCUCCUUGAUUGGGAUCAGAUGUUAAUGAGCCUUCUGCAAGAAACCUUGUUGUGCGAGGCAGGGAAGACGAAUCGAUACCAGCCGGUCACCGCCACCAAGUUCAGUUAUAGAGAUACAGUCCACGCCGUACUUCGCGGUGAGAACUUCGGAGUCGGCCCAGGAUUUCUAGUACUAGAUUGGCCUCGCCCUUCUCGAACAUCAACAAAGCCGGUUGUGGAGAGCGGCUACAUCAUGGGCCUCGUAAUGGGAAUUAAUCAGCCUCGUCGUGCGGCAAGGGGUGGAUUCUUUUCCACCUUGAAUAGCGCACAACCUGCCCUAGAUGACUUGCCAGGUAGUCCAAGGGAUGGGUGGAAAUAUCUAACAUUCGAUACCAGUAAGUCAGACACGCCAACAUUGCACAGGAUAUAUGGUUUCAGGAGCCAGAGAUCGCCAGUCGGAAUGGCAAAGCGCCCGGUCCCGGGUAUUGCGUGUUGCCAGAGAUGCAGGGCGACAGAGAAGAAUAA